AUGUCUAGCGAACAAGCCGAGCACGAGGCUACGCACAACGAGUGCGAUACGCACACAGCUGCCGCCGAUACCGAGCCACAACUUAUCUCGGUGCUUACGGCCAUGCAAGCUACCAUGGAUAGACAAAAUAUGUUCCUUGAACGUAUAUUUAACGAAAAGCAGGCCGCUGAGAAACGGCCUCGUGCUAUUGAUCACGUCGAUCUAGUACUCUCACUUUAUGAAAAUUUUGGAUAGGCAUGCACCUUUAAUAAAACGUAGAGUCAGAAAUAAUAAACUGCCUAGGUGGUUUAAUUCUGAAGUACGUUGCUUUAGCCGCAAAAGAGACUUUUUCUUAAAGCAAUUUCUAAAAACCAAAAACUCUGACACAUGGUGUACCUACAAAAAAUGGAGAAAUAGAACUGUUCAUAUUAUUAAAAAGUCAAAAGAGGACUACUAUAAGAACCUCCUGACUGAUAAUGUACAUAAUCCACGACAAUUAUGGAAAAUUCUAAAAGAUAUCUUGCCGACCAAUGACACUGUCUCCCAAAUAACACUUAACAUUAAUGGCAAGGAGAUCAGUGAUCCUAUCGAGGUUGGCGAUCUCUUUAAUGAAUACUUCUCCUCUAUUGCAAACAACUUUGAUAUCAGUUUACUAAACAACCCAAUUAAUACUCAUUUACCAAUUGCAACAAAUCAUAUUAAGUUUACAAUUCCACUGAUAACAAUCGAUGACAUACUAAAUCUUGCAGCCGAAUUAGACCAGAACAAGUCAACCGGUCUUGAUGGUAUUCCUGCCUACUUCAUCAAGUCCUCGAUUCAUUCCAUUGCACCCAUAAUACUUCGCAUUUGUAAUAUGAGCAUUGAAAAUGGCGUCUUUCCCAACAUGUGGAAGAAAGCUAGAUUGAUUCCAAUCUAUAAAGCUGAAUCACGUACUGAGAGAAACAAUUACAGGCCCAUUUCUAUAUUACCGAUUCUAUCUAAACUCCUCGAACGACAUGUUGCCAACUCAUAUGUAAAAUUCCUCACAGAAAAUGAUAUUCUAUCAAGUUGCCAGCAUGGUUUUCGAGCCCAUCACUCUUGUGAAUCCACUCUAAUAUUGAUCUGUGAACACCUUCUCGAUAACAUUGAGCAAGGUUUAAUUAAUGGUAUAGCUCUAAUUGACCUCUCCAAAGCGUUUGACCUGGUCGAUCAUAGAUUGCUACUGCAGAAAUUAGAACAAUAUGGCAUUACUCCAAUACCUUUAAAAUGGUUUAAAUCGUAUCUAAAUGAUCGUUACCAAGUAGUACAAAUUGCAUCAUCCCUAUCCAACCCAGCUCUGAUAAAGUCUGGUGUGCCUCAAGGAUCUAUACUAGGACCAAUUCUCUUUCUUAUCUUUAUUAACGAUUUACCCAGUUACGUUGGAAGUUCUAAGCCUUUUUUAUUUGCCGAUGACUCUACACUAAUAUCCUCCGGAUCGGACCUUCACGAACUUAGUGUCUCUCUAAAGUCAGAUAUGACCUCAGUGUCCCGUUGGACUAACCAUAACAAAUUGUCUCUUAAUCAUGGCAAGACAAAAAUAAUGAAAAUAUAUUCCCAAUCCAAAUUCCCUGAUCUUAGUCCAAUAACCAUUGAAGUCAAUAACAAUAAUGUUAAGGAGAUUACAUCCGCCAUUUUACUUGGAGUUACAUUAGACCAACAUCUGAAAUGGGAUAGGCAAAUUAAUACCAUCUACAAUAUAAUCAAUUCUAGACUUUACCUGCUCAAACAUAUACGUAGCUAUCUAACUUUUCAAUCCCGUAUUCAAUUAUAUUACGCACUAAUCUACCCACACUUGCUAUAUUGUAGCACAGUCUGGGGCAAUGCUAAUAACGAUCUAAUUACGUGCCUACUAAAACUACAGAAACGUGCAGCGAGACUAAUUCUUGAGCAGUCAACUGAAGUACCUUCAAUUGUGCUUUUCCGUAAACUCAACUGGAUACCUAUUUUUAAUUUGAUCAAAAUGAGAAAAAUAUUAUUGGUAUUUAAUACUUUAAAAACAUCUUGGCCGCCGGAUCUUCGUAAAUUGUUUGUCUUUGUUCGCGACUCUCAUCCAAUUCCAACGAGAUCGUCUAUUACAGACUUAAAAGUUCCAUCAGUUAAGACUACGCAAGCAAAAUCCAAAAUUUCCUUCAGUGGUGCAAGUUUAUUUAAUUCCCUACCUUCCGAAUUAAAGGAUAUUGAAAAUCAUUCAAUUUAUUCCUAUAAAAAGAAGCUCAAAACCGGCUACUUUAUUCAAUUGAAUUAUGAAGUAGAUCACGUUAAUAAAUUCCGCUGCAUCGAUUGUAAGCUUAUUACUCAUUGUCAAUGUUACUCUCAAUAGGAUUUUCUUUUUAUAUAUUACUAUUAGAUAUCGAGGGCCAUUGGGAAGAAUACUAUAUUAAGUAAUCAGUGUAAUCCCUCAUUAUAUUAUUAUUAUUAUUAUUAUUAUUAUCUAGACGAAGCCGAAAAUGGCGAACAAUCUGCUCCAAAGCGAGCCAAAACCGCCCCAAAGUCUGGGCUAGAUUCUGACGGCAAUGACCGUCCAUGUAUAGCUCAGCAAAGUUCUGACCACGAUACAGAAGUGUGCGAAGAUCCUCCCGAGGCAGAGCACGAUAAACAUGUCGAUGCAUUGUGUUUGUUCGGAGGGCCAGAAUUCGCGGACGAGAUUGAUGACCUUGAUAAUGACAUUCUCCUCUCAAAUAUUGCACUAAAUUUAUCAUCUACAGAGCAAACUGGCCCUCCAAUUUCAGAGCAUCUUGCCAAAAUAAUAAACUCAAAGUUAGCGGACGAACUUGAUAUUACAAAACUAAAGGAAAUUUUAAGCAAAUAG